GGAUCAAUCAGAAUGGCAUCAGUUAGUACAAUUCCAGAGGCUUUGAAAUCUGUGGGUUAUCUUGGCCGAUUCCAGAUUAUAUUUUUCAUCAUAUUUGUUGGAAGCUCCUGCUUAAAUGGCAGUAUCACAUUUCAGUUCCAGGCUCUCUCUAUCAUGCCUGACGUUAUAUGCCUGUCUGAAAGAUGUCAAGCUCUGAAAGACAAUGAAGGUGAUGAUACUCUAAUUUGCAAACUCAAACCAGAGGAAUGGAAGUUCGACAAUACUCACCACAACUGGCUAACAGAAUUUGAACUGUACUGUGACAAUACGUAUUUGAAAGGAAUGGGAACAACUGUGUAUUUUGUUGGCUUUAUGAUCGGAGUCUCCUUGCUGAGUUCCCUUUGUGACAAAUUUGGGAGACAAAAAACAAAUAUCUCUCUUCUUCUGGGAUAUCUGCUGGCACUCAUUGGUUUACAUAACUCUACUACCUUAUCUAAGGUUUAUUUCUUUCGAUUUGCCCUUGGUUUCUUUCAUUCUGGAAUUUCAGUUUGUGUUUUCACAGCUUUCAAUGAAUUCACCCUGCCAAAUAUUGCUGCAUUUGCUAACGUUUCAGCUGGAGCUGCUUUCACGGUCGGAGGCUCUGUUUCCAGUUUUCUUGCAUAUCAUAACCAAUAUUGGCAGGACAGUAUUCAACCUUUGAUUUUCAUUCAAUGUCUUACCUUGCUAAUUUAUAUUGUUUUAUGUCCAGAAACCCCAUUCUGGCUCCUUGCCAUAAACAGAAAUUUUGAUGCCAUAAAGUCACUCAACUUUGUUGCGAAACUAAAUGGAAAUCCACCACUGCCAAAAGAUUUCACACUUCCUAAAUGUAAUGAAGAGAAGGAAUCUGAAAAUCCAUUUAGAAUCAUCAUCUCCAACUUGACUCUCAGAGAUGCAGUUAUGAAACUUUCCUUUGCCUGGUUUACCGUCUCUACCUGCUAUUAUGCAUUACAAUUUAAUGCAGGUUCACUCGGGGAUGAUGAAUACAGCGUAAUGGUCUGGAUGGGUCUUGUUGAUGUCCCUGUAAGGUUAUCAAUUGUCUUCUUUGCAUUCAAAUAUGGAAGAAAAUGUUCAGCAAGAUGGUACUUUGCAGUUUGUGCCGUUGCUCUUGGACUCUGUCUGGUUCCAAGUGUUUCUGAGAUUUAUGUGGGUAGUAUGACACUAAAGACCAUCUUUGUUAUGAUUGGGCACGGUUGCGGUGGAGGUAUCUUUAGCUUACUCUACACUUAUACUAGUGAGGUACUGCCUACACUUGCUCGCUCUACUGGUGUCAGCAUGUGCUCAACUGUUGCUAGAAUUGCUUCCAUUCUCUCUCCUUUUGUUAUCAUUCUCAACCAAAUAUCCGGAUCUCUGAUCUACUUUAUUUCCUUUGCUUGCAUUUUAACGUCUAUGUCACUGAUGAAGAGUAUUCCGGAAACUUUGAACAAACAGCUUCCUAACAGUGUUGCAGAAUGUGAGGUGCUGUUUCAUGGGAAACAGAAAGUUGAGUCAGUGUAAUUUAAGUUCUCACAUGGUUAGUGGAAAGGUAUUAGUUAUAUUGGGUGUUAAUUAAUAUUUGAUAUUUCUUUGAUUUUCUGAAUAAAUGAAUAUUUAUUUUGCAUCAUGUAACAAAUUAAGUUCUUCCCUGUAAAUGCUAGUUUGAAUUUAAUUUAUAUUGCUCUUUUGUUGCACCUGUAAAAGCGUUUGUGUCAAUUAGUUAUACAUUUGAGUUCUGUCAUGUUAUUUUAACUAUAUUAUAUGAAAGGGAUGGGCGCAGGCGCUCAUACCUAAAUGUAUCUGAAUGUGAUAUAAAGUUUUACUGUUUGGCUUGCCUAUUUUAAAGAUUCUUUUUAUUCGUUUGCUUCUCUUCUUAUAUAAUCUGUUGGGACUGUAUUGUAAAUAAUUGAUGUGAAAUGGUAGAAGUAUAAUAUAUGAUAUAAUAUAAUGUACAUAUUAAGAAAGAAAGAAUUAAAGAAGAAAAUGAUUAUUAUGACAUGGACAACUGAAAUAGGAACUACAAAUUUUAGAGUACAAAGCUAACAUUCAAAUAAAUAAACACUCAUGGAAUAUUUUGAUAUAAUUACUAGGGUUUAAAUAUUAGAGUCAUUAGAUCAUAGAAUGAACUUUCGAUGUGGC